AUGAGUUUCCAGCAUUUUAGAUUAGGUGAAAUGGCCAUGGCCAAUCCCCCACCUCAUCUUAUGCACCUCCACGGUUCGGCUACAAAUAUACACGGCCAUCCUCAGCAAUCCCAGCAAUCCUCCCAAUUUACUACUAUAGAUAAUACAAACAAUUCUUUUUCCAACAAUACAUCUAAGAUUUCCCCCGGUUCUUCCAAUAAACAACCUUACGGAUCGGGAGACACCGAUGAUGGCUAUACACUUGUUUUUCCAAACCUUGCUGCAUUCAACGAGUGGCGAGAAAGAGAAGAAGAAAAUCAGGUCGUAGAAUUUGUGAAGGGUGACACUCAUGGUAGUAAAGCAGUACCUCCACGUUUCAAGGAUCAUACGAAAUUAGUUUGCGCUCGACAUUCGCGGAGUGGGCGAAAGAAAUAUGUCAAAAAACAUCCAGAAAGAGUGAGAAAAGUGCCCAGUCGGAAACUGGAAGGUCAAGGUUGUCCUGCAUCGAUUAGUUUCAAAACAUACUAUGACACUGAUGAAAUUCGAGCCUGCUAUAAUUCUCAACACUCUCAUGAAAUAGGGCCUGCCAAUUUAGCAUUUACUCGUCGAGGCCGCAGGGCCGCUGCGGAGGCGGAGAAGACUAAGUCGAAUAAACAUAUUCGGUUUGCAAAUGACACCAACUCCGUCAACGAUGCUUCGACCUCUACAUCCAUUGCCGGACCUUCAGCUAUUCCCCAAUCCUUGCCUGCUAACAAUUACACAUCCGCCGUAUCUAUGAUCGCCCCUCUCCCACCCACGCAAAACUCUUACCAGACUACUCCGUCACAAUCCUACAAUUAUCAAACUCAGUACCAGUAUGCCUCCACACCCGCCCCAGUCCCUCCUCCGGCUCCAGUGCCGCCCCCGCAGUCCAGCAACGACGCCUUUAGUCAUGAUCGUUGGGCAAAUAUGGAGACUUUGUUCCAAUCUGUUCGGGAGCAUGCUAGGACUUUCGCAUACCCUAGUGCUAGUGUUGCAGUCCUGGAAACUGUUCUCAUACGGCUGUUCCUGGAAAGUCCUUCUCAGCCUGGAAUGGGUCAGCAGCCAAUGACCGCUCCAUUGAUGCCACAAUCUAUGUCAACACGCAUGGAUGACGAGGACGGCUCCUCAGAAGAGACAUGA